CCAUGCAUGGCUGUUGUAGACUGCGUCGGUCGGGAGGAGGAGAGCUGGAGAGGAGACUGAGUAGAGCCUCGGAAAUAAGAGAUUAGACAAACACAGCAAGCAGCAUGCCGUUUGGGAUGGUAACGCUUUCCACUGUCAGAUACCAUCAUCACUAAGCACUGAACACAUCUCCAAAGCGGAGGGUAAUGAUGACAUCACAAAUUCAGACUGAUACAGUGUGAUCCAUCAUUCCUGGCCUGACAUUGACAUGGCAACAGGCAGGAAGGGGUCGACCUCGAAGGGAGGAAGCGUGCGUUUCCCUGACGACGAGGAUGCCAUGGGCUCCCCUGUUCACCGUGAGGACAAAGCCAAGGAUUCGGCCAUCCCUGCUCUCCCAGAGCCUGAUGGGAACUUCCUGGUUAAGGUAGGGUUCCUGAGGAGUCUGCAUCGUUAUGAGAUCGUCUUCACCCUCCCAGAGGUGCCUGUGCUGGGGAAAGAUGUGUGCUCCCUCCCUUCCUCCUCAUCACCGACGCCCAGACCCCUCCUCAAAGUCAACCGUGUCACACCCACACCAGAGGGUGGGGUGAAGGUGACGUGUGAGUACACCACCCACCAGGAGGGGGUGCUGCAGGAGGAGCUGACCCUGGUCAGCCGGGGGAAGAAGGACCAACGUCUGCGGGUCAGGCUACAGGCCCGGGUCAUGGAUCGUCACCAUGGUACUCCUAUGCUGCUGGAGGGGGUGCGGUGUCUGGGGGCGGAGAAAGAAAAAAGGAAAUGAGCCGUCCAUCCCUUUAUAUCUUCCCCCUCCUGUAGAGACCAGCCACCGUCCGUCCCUUUAUAUCUUACCCCUCCUGUAGAGACCAGCCAUCGUCCGUCCCUUUAUAUCUUCCCCCUCCUGUAGAGACCAGCCAUCAUCCGUCCCUUUAUAUCUUACCCCUCCUGUAGAGACCAGCCAUCAUCCGUCCCUUUAUAUCUUCCCCCUCCUGUAGAGACCAGCCAUCAUCCGUCCCUUUAUAUCUUCCCCCUCCUGUAGAGACCAGCCAUCGUCCAUCCCUUUAUAUCUUCCCCCUCCUGUAGAGACCAGCCAUCAUCCGUCCCUUUAUAUCUUACCCCUCCUGUAGAGACCAGCCAUCGUCCGUCCCUUUAUAUCUUCCCCCUCCUGUAGAGACCAGCCAUCAUCCGUCCCUUUAUAUCUUCCCCCUCCUGUAGAGACCAGCCAUCGUCCGUCCCUUUAUAUCUUACCCCUCCUGUAGAGACCAGCCAUCGUCCGUCCCUUUAUAUCUUCCCCCUCCUGUAGAGACCAGCCAUCUUCCGUCCCUUUAUAUCUUCCCCCUCCUGUAGAGACCAGCCAUCGUCCGUCCCUUUAUAUCUUCCCCCUCCUGUAGAGACCAGCCAUCGUCUGUCCCUUUAUAUCUUCCCCCUCCUGUAGAGACCAGCCAUCGUCCGUCCCUUUAUAUCUACCCCCUCCUGUAGAGACCAGCCAUCGUCCGUCCCUUUAUAUCUUCCCCCUCCUGUAGAGACCAGCCAUCGUCCGUCCCUUUAUAUCUUCCCCCUCCUGUAGAGAUCAGCCAUCGUCCGUCCCUUUAUAUCUUCCCCCUCCUGUAGAGACCAGCCAUCGUCCGUUCCUUUAUAUCUUCCCCCUCCUGUAGAGACCAGCCAUCGUCCGUCCCUUUAUAUCUUCCCCCUCCUGUAGAGACCAGCCAUCGUCCGUCCAUGUAUCUCUUCCCCCUCCUGUAGAGACCAGCCAUCGUCCGUCCCUUUAUAUCUUCCCCCUCCUGUAGAGACCAGCCAUCGUCCGUCCAUGUAUCUCUUCCCACCCCCUCCUGUAGAGACCAGCUGUCGUAGUGGAACAAAACCAGCACUUACCUGCACUUAGCCACAAACAUGCAUGCACCCGUAGUGGCACACACACCCGAGGAGGCUGAUGGGAGGUGCUAUAGGGACGGCUUAUUGUAAAGACUUGGAAUGGAACAUGUGGAACGGUAUCAAACAUAUAGAAACCACGUUCGACUCCAUUCCAUGAAUUCCAUUCCAGCCAUUACAAUGAGCCCAUCCUCCUAUAGCUCCUCCCACCAGCUUCCUCUGACACACAAACACACACACUGUUUUUUUGUGAUUAGCCCUGUAAUGAAGACCAAGGUGUCCAUGAUCACUUAUAGUUCCCCAAAUCUAAAAUGACACAUUGCUCAGUGAGGGAGCCAAUGUGUUUCCAACCUCCACUGUAGGUCCAUUAUAUAACCAGGCACUGCAGCUCUUUGCUUCUCCUCCCUUCUGUCGUUCUGCAACAAGAGCCAAGCGUUAACCAGCCUUAAACGAUCAGAAAUAUGAUUUAACAUUUGAAUUAUGCACGUCAAUAUAACCUGUCAUUGUAUUAUGAUUUACACUGAGUGGACAAAACAGUAAGAACACCUUCCUAAUACUGAGUUGCACCCCCCAUUCACCCUCUGAAUGUCACACAUACACAAUCCAUGUCUCAAUUCUCUCAAGGCUUCAAAAUCCUUUAGCCUGUCUACUCCCCUUCAUGUACACCGAUUUGAAGUGGAUUUUACAGGUGACAUCAAUAAGUGAUCAUAGAGUUCAUUUGGAUUCACCUGGUCAGUCUGUCAUGGAAAGAGCAGGUGUUCCUAAUGUUUUGUCCACUCGUUGUACAGUAUGUGUUCUGUGUGAGCGCCACCUUUCACCAACUAUGUAAGAGUAUGCCUUUUAGUCUGUGUCCUGCAAAACUGUCUCUGUAUUGUACUAGAUUCUACUAUAUCUCUGUCAGUAAAUAAAAUAUCAUGUCAACUGUUAA